AGUCCUACCGACACGUCGCGGUAUGUAAGCGCCAUGCUUUGCCUGUUGCUGACCGCAUUCGUCAUCGGGGCCGCGUCGGCGGCUGCCGCAGGGACCAACCCCUUUGAGGAGAGCAAGAUCAUCGGCGGAAAAACAUCUCAUGUGGACGACGCUCGCUUCAUGGUGCAAGUUAUAACCAUCGAGUCUCGAGACCCGAAGACCAAUCUGAGCACCAUAAAUAUCUGCGGUGGGACUAUGGUUUCUACAACACACGUUCUUACUGCCGGCCACUGCAUAGUCUCCAAGGACGUGGGAAAGCUGCGAAUAUUCGUGGGCACCUCAGAUUACCUCGCCCAGGGGAAGAACGGCAGAGUGGUGAAAGCGAAAGCCUUCCGCGUGCACCCCAAGUUCACCGUCAUUCGGAACAAGGACGAUGAGUACGGAUACUUCGACGUGGCUGUCAUUCGCCUGCAGGAGGCCGUCUUGCCCUCCGCGAAGACGUCCGCCAUCGCCAUCACGCCGGCAGGCGCAGAGCCCAAGGACGGAGCGAGUAUAGAAGUGGCCGGGUGGGGCAUCUACAGGCGCCAAGAUAUCUCGAGGAAGUUGCGGCGCGCUACAUUCAAAGUCAUCAGUCGAGCCCAGUGUAAGAAGUAUUUCGGCAAUGCUUUCAACGCGCAAGAGUUCUGCAUCACUUCUGGUCCCAAGUCUGCGUUCUGCAGUGGCGACUCUGGCGGCCCCGCCUUCAUCGGCAACGUGCAAUACGGAGUCGUUUCCUGGGGAUCGUGCGGAAAAGGCAAGCCAAGUGCGAGUGUCCUGGCUGACUUGGCUGAUCCCCAAAUCAACUCAUUCGUAAGGAAAAUGAUGCGCACGCUGUAGACUUGCGUUUUGCCAAAACGAUAGCGUCAAAUUAAGAAUGUUUGAAUAAAGCAAUUUUCCGUAACUGAAA